GCCCCGAGAGGCUGGCCUAGAAGGCGCCACAUCCGGCGGCUGUCCCGUGGUGCAUAAAGCCGCCGCCACUGCUGCCACCACCACCGUUGGCUUCCAGCAGUAGCGCUGGCCUCCUCUUGGCUGCGGGAGCAGCUGCUCCAAUGCUCUGGAGCGGCCAUGAGCGCCCCGCACUGGUGGGACCAGCUGCGGGCUGGCAGCUCGGAGGUGGACUGGUGCGAGGACAACUACACCAUCGUGCCUGCCAUCGCCGAGUUCUACAACACGAUCAGCAACGUCUUGUUUUUCAUUUUACCACCCAUCUGCAUGUGCUUGUUUCGUCAGUAUGCAACAUGCUUCAACAGUGGUAUCUACUUAAUAUGGACUCUCUUAGUUGUAGUGGGAAUUGGAUCCGUCUACUUCCAUGCAACGCUUAGUUUCCUGGGCCAGAUGCUUGACGAACUUGCAAUCCUUUGGGUUCUGAUGUGUGCUCUGGCCAUGUGGUUCCCCAGAAGGUAUCUGCCAAAGAUCUUUCGGAAUGACAGGGGCAGGUUCAAGGCCGUGGUCUGCGUCCUGUCUGCAGUUACAACGUGCCUGGCGUUUGUCAAGCCUGCUAUCAACAACAUCUCUCUGAUGACCCUGGGUGUUCCUUGCACUGCACUGCUCAUUGCAGAGCUAAGGAGGUGCGACAACGUGCGUGUUUUUAAGCUGGGCCUCUUCUCGGGCCUCUGGUGGACCCUGGCCCUCUUCUGCUGGAUCAGUGACCGGGCCUUCUGUGAGCUGCUAUCUGCCUUCCACUUCCCCUACCUGCACUGCGUGUGGCACAUCCUCAUCUGCCUUGCUGCCUACUUGGGCUGUGUGUGUUUUGCUUACUUCGAUGCUGCCUCCGAGAUCCCGGAGCAAGGCCCCGUCAUUAAGUUCUGGCCCAGCGAAAGAUGGGCCUUCAUUGGUGUCCCUUACGUGUCCCUCCUCUGCGCCAACAAGAAAUCGCCCGUCAAGAUCACAUGAUGGCAAGGCGGAGGCUGGUCUCUCUAAGCAUUUUCCCGCGUGCACCUCAAAGUUCAUUUGCCAGCCAGGACAGCUGGGGACGUCCCCAGAGUCUGGGGUGGGGGUUUGUCUUUAAAAUUCUGUUCCCUUGGGUUCUAAUUAGUGUGUCUGUGGCCCGCCAACCCUCCACGGUGCGUGGGAGCAGCAGGCGACUUCCCUGUCCCGAAGGGGAAGGAGAAGGUUGAGGGGCACUGGGGAUGCCCUUUCAGUGUCCCCUCCAGCUGCAAUGCUGUUGGGCUGCGUUGUUUAUGGUAAUGGCAGGGCAGUGCCCGGCGGGACCCAGCGCUGCUGCACGAGCCUGGCUUCCGGGAGAGAUUUUGCUCAGAUGCCACAGUACCCACGUGCUGCUCUCGGAGUGGCUUUUGCUGUGACAGAGUCUGCUGCCAGACAAGAACCUCUGAUUGUGUGAUGGAAGAGGCCAGAGAGUUUCAUUUGGGGAAAUUGUCGGAAAACGAAAGCAAACAAGUGGCACCCACACGGGACUUGUGGCAGUUGGAGAGCCGAUUUUCCCCUCACAGGUCUCCAUGAUCUAGAUUUUGUUUUACAUACAUGUGUGAAUCUUUUUCCGGCUACCUCCGCUGAGAGAUGGAGACUUGCCUUCAGAUCAGGGGGAAGCUCAUGAGAAAAACCCUCUAUGCCAAAAAUGACUUUUAAGCUAUUCUUGAAGUCGAGCACAAUUUUAAGUGCUAACAUUAUCUGCUGCCCCCACCUCCGCCCCAGCCCAGUAAGCAUCAGAUACACAGAGAUUAGAUACAGUGUGAGCAUUCUAUACACAGACCCUCCACCCCAUCCCCUUCUUACUGCUUGACCUCUGUGACAUUGCCAAAGGCCUGGGACAAUCGUGGUGGGGGUCCUGUUUCAAAAUUUGGAGCCAACAUCAAGUUUUCAAAGCUUGUUCUCAUUGGAAGCCUCCUAUAGGCUGUUCUAGUCUGGAAACUACUCUCUAGAACCUUGCCUCUUCCCAGUAUUUACUGUGGGAAUUACACUCCAGAUUCUCACAGGACAAGGUGCUUCCUGUGGUUUUCUCCAGGCAUCUGACCACUCGCUUUUCUUAAGCGCUGGCGGUAACUACACACUGGCCGCUGUGGGUGCAGCAGGGCCAAUCUCUUGCCUUCUGAGUUCUUCUCACCUACAGUGACACUGGCUACAACUCAUAUUUUCAUUGGGCUGAAGGGAAGACUGCACAGCUGUCCUCAAGGUGUGAGGGGAAAUUCAUGACCUCAGGGAUACUCAUUUUAACUCAGGCAUCUCUUGCUUUGCAACAUUCCAUUAUGGGAGAGGGCAGGACAGAUGUGUCCUCCUUGUGUGGACAGGAAUCACGUCAUCAUCCUAAAUAUUUAAGAGUUGGGCAGUAGCAGUUUGGGCCACAUCUGGGAACUCUUUACUGUAGUUAGAAUUUGCAUAAGAUCUAAGGCAAAAAGUCCAAGGAGCAGCUAAAGUUAAAGAAACAAAAUGACUUUAUUUCUGUGGUUUUCCAAUUAUUUUAGCAGCAGAAACCUGGUAGCAGUAAGAAAUCUUAUGGAACCCUAUUGUGUGAAAUAAGUUGUAUUUUAUUAAAUUUAUUUUGAGGUUAAACUUCUAGCAUUUCCUGAAUUAUAUACAAGGCAGUGAAAAAUGCCAAUUAACAAACUUUCCAGGGUAGAAAAAUUUAGUAUUAUGUCAGUGUACAUGACAAUAUUUGAAUUAAAAUAUUUGUGAAACCUCUAAUGUACCUCUCUGAGAUCUAGGUGGGUCAUGGAACAAAAUUGGAAAAAGGCUAAGUCCUUUGGGUUUAGAGGAAGUACCCUAACUCCCAAGGCUAUUUAUGUCCUUCUAGAAGACAAAUGACUAACUUUCAGAAGGAAUGCUUUUGCUAUGAAAAACAGAAUGCCCUUCUAGAGGCUGAUUUUAACAGGAUGAGGGCUGAGAGGGAAGUGUGGAAUGGGAUGUAUUUGAGGAAGACAAAACAUAACUACUUUUUUUGGUCUUUUUAGGGCUGUACCCAUGCCUCUGGAAGUUCCAAGGCUAGGGGUCAAAUUGGAGCUGCAGCUGCUGGUUACGCCACAGCCACAGCCACGAGGGACCCUAGCCACAUCUGUGACUUACACCAUAGCUCAUGGCAAUGCCAGAUCCCCGACCCACUGAGCGAGGCCAGGGAUCAAACCCAUGUCUUCAUGAAUACUAGUCGGAUUUGUUGCCAGGGAACACCAAUAUAACUACUUUUGAACAGAAAUCACUUUUGGACAGAAAUCACUAUCACUUGAUGGUGGAAAUCAACAGAGUAGGAAUAUACCAAUGUUAAGUUAGAUUUAUGGUAUCAUUCAUAUUUAUAUUUACAUUUAUAUUUAUAAUUUUUAUAGCACUACAUGCUUUGUAAAGAAAAUGGGGAUCUUACAGAAAAGUUGGAGGAGAAGAAAAAAACGUAAUCGUUGGUAUUUCUCUAGCUCAAGGACAACUGUUGUAUAUAUAUUUUGAUUUAUUUCCUUCUGGUCUUCCUCCUCCACAGUAUAGUUGUAAAUAGAUGUCUUUCAGAGCUGACAGCUGACCUUGUACUUUGAAUGGAAUAUAAAUGCCAGUGGUAUAUUGUUCAUGAAGAGCAGGUUUGGGAAUAUACUAGAGUUAGCUACACACUUGAUUAUUCAUCACUGGAUUCUAAGACUUACUACUGAGUCUGCCCUUGUAGUUGAACCUCACAUGAAUGGGCCCUAGGAAGUCAUGAACUGAAUUCUACUUCUUGGUAUGCUUCUGCGCUUAGAUGCACAAGUCAGAGAAAACAGCUGUUAAAUAUAUGGUUCUACAUGUUUUGAUGUUCUUGGGUUUUUGAAAAAAGUGACUAGCUUAUUUCAUUAAUUGAUAUGCAAUCAACAAUCUCUUUUCCUCCCCUGAUAGUUCAAGGACAUGGACAUUUGACACUGGGGAGUUAGGUCAUGGCAGUUACUCAACAUGGCUAUUAAAUUAUUCUGGUUCAAAUUUACCUAAGAUCAAUACUCAGCAGGUACUGGAUUUAGGCUAUUAAAAAAAAUUAAUGUUACUAACUGAUCAUUUAAGUCAAUGAUUCUUGCUUUGUAGUGUUUGAUUGAUGUGUUUUAGAAAAAACAGUAUUUUCUCCCCCUUUAUUAUUAUAAUCAAACAAGCACCUCUGAAAUAUUUUAAAGGUGUUUGGGGGUGGGAUAUCUCAAUCUACUUGAUAACAGGCUACAUUUUGGGGAACUCUGCCCAUCUCUCAGAAGAAUGCCUAAAACAUUAAUUAUGGAACAAAGAUGUUCUGUUGAGGGAUGAAGUGUGAUGGUUGUCAAGCACAGGCUUUGUAAAAAUGCUGUCACCUACUUAUUGGAUUUCUCAGGUGUGCAAAAACUUCUCACCAGUUCAUUAUGCUUACGUGAGCUGGUGCCACGUGGGAGGUGGCAGAACUGGGAAUUGAGCCUUCCUUGAACCUUGAUCCCUUGAGGCUGACAUGGAACCAUCUCUAGGGGACAGGUGGGGGCAAAAACCAAGGCCCCUCUCAUAGCUCCUUUUCUUCAAAUGAACUUGGAGCCUUUAAUAGCCAGCUCUGCCUGGGUGCUGCCAUUCCAACUGGUCAAAGACAAGCCUUGGGCCAGGUUGGGCUUCUCAAUGGAUUUUAUAAACAUCAUUCUCCUACAGAUUUUUUUUUUCCAAUCUAAUUUAAACUAAUUGUUUAAAUUGUUCCUUUCCCUCUAUGCUAAACCAGAUUGAAGACUAUUUUGUAACCACAACAUGUAAUCAGAGCAAAUAGAGUAUUUUCAGAUAGAUACCUUGUUUUGUACUUCUUGUAGGGUGUGCCGUGUAAGGGUGGUAAAUUCACUGGCUGUGGUAGCAUUGAAUCUCCAUUGCUUUGGGAGGGAUUGAAGGCCUUUUGAAGUGGAGCUUUUGCACUUUAUGCUCUUUUGGUGAACCAUUGUGGUGGCUAGGUGGCUACCUUUGAUAUUAAAGCCUUAAGUGGCAUUUUUCUGUGAA